GCUGCGCGAGCGGCGGCUGGGCGCGCUGGAGCUGCUACAGGCGGCGGCGGGCUCAAGCCUGGCAGCCUACGCCGUGUGGGCGCUACUGCUGCAGCCGGGCUUCCGCCGCGUGCCGCUGCGGCUGCAGGUGCCCUACGUCGGAGCGAGCGCGAGGCAGGUGGAGCACGUGUUGUCGCUGCUGCGAGGCCGCCCCGGAAAAAUGGUGGAUCUAGGUUCCGGCGACGGCAGGAUUGUGCUGGCGGCUCACAGGUGCGGGCUCCGCCCGGCUGUGGGCUACGAGCUGAACCCGUGGCUGGUGGGGCUGGCGCGGCUGCACGCCUGGAGGGCGGGCUGUGCUGGCAGCGUCUGCUACCGCCGUGAGGACCUCUGGAAGGUGAGCCUGAGGGACUGCCACAACAUAUCUGUGUUCCUGGCCCCUAGUGUGCUCCCACUGCUGGAGGACAAGCUACAGGCGGAGCUGCCCCCAGGGGCCCGUGUGGUAUCUGGACGCUUCCCCCUGCCCACCUGGCAGCCUGUGGCCACAGUGGGAGAGGGCCUGGACCGAGUCUGGGCCUAUGAUGUGCAUGGUGGUGGGCCUGCUGGGGAGGCUGCCUCCUCAGGGGUGCCCACCAAGCCUGGCCCAGAACCCAGGUCCAUCUUGGUCCCUGGAGCCCCCUUUUCUCAGGCUGGCUGACUGGACACAAUAAAGACUCUGUGGGUUCCA